UAGUACGUAAUGUAUGUAGUUAUUUACUGAUAAAGUCAUAAUAAUAUAUGGUGUCUUGUCUAACCUCUCUUCGUGUAUUGUUUAUUAUUAGUUUAGCUUUUGAAUAUGCGUGAAGUGACUUAAACUAGUAAUUUAAUUUAAAUAAGAAACACAUGACAUUUUAAUGACGUAUUAAGGAAAAAGAUUAAAUACGUACAAUGUUUAUAGAAGCAUUUUUAGCUGGUAUUUGGGCGUCUGUAGGAAGUACUUUAGGAAAAUUAUCAGGAGUACACAGUAUAGUUGGUGACAGCUACCUCAUAUGGGGCGGGUUGCUAGUGGCUAUGGUGAUCGCCAAUACAUGGGGUUGUCGACACUAUCUUCGCUCCCUCGACGCCGCUACAAACUCCGUAAAACCUACAGUUAUAUCAGCUGCGUCCAGCUAUGUUCUAUCUGGGGUUAUCGGAAUAGCUUUAUUCGAGGAGGGUGCUUCGGUGCGGUGGUGGGCUGGCGCUGUUCUCAUCGUUACCGGCCUGGCAUUCGUGGCCCGACCACGGAACAAGCAUAAAUCUGCAUAGCUUUCGUGUUUCCAGCAUUCAGCAAACAAAUAAAUUAAUGUCUUCUAAACAAAAGAAUGAAUGGAGCGUAUUACAGAAAUAAUUCCGUGCUUAUUUUUAAAAUAGUACUUACAUUUAAUUUAUUGGAAAUUGCUCUGCGCAUAAUUUAAAUACGAACGAAAUGUAAAUGGAUAAGUUUUUAUUUUUAUAUCUUUUAUAGAUUCCAACGUGAAUGUUUGUAAAAUUUACUAAUC